UAAGCAUCCACCGGUUGGGCUUCCUCCGGGAUUCUGGGAAGUGGAGUUAACCAGCCGGAGGGGGCUGGACUAGAAGACCUCUAAGGUCCCUAACCCAAGGACUGGACGUCUUCCUGCCUGGUGUGCUGCUCCUUCCAGGGGGAGAGAGAGAGGACACCCCACGGUCUCCAGGAUGGCCCGUCCGCUCAGGGGCAGCAGCCCCUUCCUGCUCCUCUGUGUUCUGGUCUUCGCCAGCGCCAACCUGAUCCAGUUUGGACGGAUCAUCGAACACUUGACCGGAAAACACGCCUUCAUCUACAACGGCUACGGCUGCUACUGCGGGUGGGGCGGCUCCCGGCAGCCGGUGGACGCUACUGACUGGUGCUGCCAAGCGCACGACUGCUGCUACCAGGCCCUGUCGCUCCGCCACUGCAAGCCCAAAGUGGAGAAGUAUUUCUACUCCCUCGGGAAAGACACCGUCACUUGCGGUGGGGAGACCGAAUGCCGGCGGCAAACCUGCGAGUGUGACAAAGCGGCCGCCCUCUGCUUCCGCCGCUCGAUGUUCCAGGACCGAUACAUCUGCUACCCCAACCUCUUGUGCCAAGGACCCACGCCGCCCUGCCAGGACUCCUACCCCCUCAGGAAGGGGGGCUGAGGCCGGAGCUUCCCAGCUCGGGAUGCCCACGGGGCCCACGAAACCCUCCCGACCCUGCCCUGCCUGCCCUCUGCCAGCCUCCGAAUUGGGCCUUCUUGCGCAAUAAAGCCACAGAGGUUCAGAGUUACGACACA